GUUAAUAGUCCGGGAAGAAAGGCGGGUAACAGUGACACACUUUCUCAAAGUCUUCAGCUCCAUGGUUGAUGUAAGGAUUAAACACAACAAUUUUGUCAUUCUUCCUUCUUUUAUACGCGCGAUAAGAGUCAAUGUCAACCAUACUAAGCUGCAGGUGGAAUGGAAGACUACGACACGUUUGUGCUGAAUAGAUUCUCUCAGCUGAAGAGAAAAGAUGAGGAACACAAAACUCCUUUUGCUUCUUACAUUUGCUUCCAUGGGAAGCCUAUCCUGCCACCAGUGCUCACAGUUAAACAACGAGAGGAAAUGCAACAUCACAGAAAAGAUGCUGUCAAUCACAAGUUGAAGGACAAACAGAGAAUGGCUUAUGUGCAAACAAUUCUUCAAAGUGUUCAGCUCAGGAAUUCUCCAACAUUGGACCAAUUACUCCAAGAACUAAAGGUUGAUGCCAAAUCUUUGUGUUCUACUAACUCCAGUCAAUCGAGUCUUCAAAGUGCUGAUACUGUACAGGAAAAGACUAGUCCAAACACCUCACUAGCAUCUGGUUGGCUUUCUCCAAAGCCAACAAAUAGUUCUCUUUUCUCUUGUCAUGUGAUUCCUCAAAAUAGUAACCACGGAGGUUGGCCUGUUGAACAACAAGCCUCUCAACUAAGUUCUAUUGAUAGUGUCAACUGCUUCUCUGCACCAUCAGGCUGUCAUGAUAAUAUGAAACAUGCCAGAGACGUGUCAGACACUUUGGACUCACUGAAUGUUAGCCAUGAUUCAGUAGGAAGAAAUAAUACAGAUUACGUUUUCCUCAGUAUUGCCAGGAGGCCAGAUAUUAUUAGUUAUCCUCCCAUCGAUGGAGAGGAACUGGAGAGAAGUGGACAGGAAUCCUCGUUCUGUCAUGAUUUUAUAGAAAGCAUUGACAGUAGUAAUAGCAUAUUUCCUGAGGGCACCGUCACAAGUGAUCAUCUUCCUGAAGAUAAAUGUGCAAACAGUCUACAAGACAGUGCUAUCAGUCCAGAUCAUUUCCCCAAUACUACAUUAUUUUUUGUGGAUGAAAGCGAAACAAUGAUGUCGCUGCAAAGCUCUUCAAGCAAAGCCUCUCAGCCGCCGUGCAUUGAUUUGUAUCCAAGUACUGAGCAGCUUAUUCAGUGUGAGCCAAAAACACAGUCAGCCAACAAACAGGAACCAAAAGAACAGUCACAGUCGCCUCAUCGUCCCAGCCUCCAGGACCUGCUGAAGAAAUCUCAGGAGUACCGCCGACAACAGAGGAUGCUCAGGAACCAAGCCAAAAAUGCUCGAAUUCAAGAGCGAGCUCAAGAUGAGCCAAGAUUGGAAGAGCAGAGCCUCUCUGAUAAGGAGAAUGACGAGUUUCGCUACAAAAGCGCAGAGGGGAGGAAACCUAAAGAGAGAAGAUGCUUAUUCAACAAAACCGUUAAUUCUACCUGCAAAAAAUCUAGUGAGAAGACAUGUCAGGAGGAGUUGAUUUGCAAAAACUUAAACGGUUAUUCAGAAAGAGUCCCUGAACAAAAUCCCUUCCCUCAACAACACCUUUUAUCAAUUGAAACGUGCCAAAGUCCAGAUGUUUAUCAGCGGACAAGUGAUGAGACAAGCAAAGCUCUCCUUAUAUCUGUGGAGGGACAAGGAAACUAUCACUCUAUCCCAUUGCCUAACUUCUGUCAGAGUCCUGUUCACAGUAAAGCUUCAAUCAGAGAUGGAGUAGACAACAUGAGGGGGAAACCUCUUCUUUCUACAAGCUUGCAUGAAAGCCACACGUCUGGUGAAGGAAGUAACCCGGGACACCAAGGUGAUGGACCAAGUGUUCUUGCCAAGAAUUCCCAGGACAUAAACAAACUGGAGUCCUGCCUCUGCAGUCUAAAAGAACUAAUAUCCGAUCUAGGCUGCUCCAUCAUGGAAAUUGAGGGAAAAUGGAAGGAUAGCUCACACGUGGAUCAUGUUGGAGAGCCAGGCCAAAAGCACAAUUUACUUUUAAGUAGACAGUCCCUUGACUCUUGCAGAGACAUGUUGGAAAACUGCAAUGUAGGAGCCAAAUGCAUUCACUCUGGAGCCCAGUGCAUUCACACUCCUGAUGUUUCUACAAAUGCUGUUUCAAAUCCUAUAUUUUGUCAGAAAGUGUCCAUGCUGUCGGAUACAAAUUCCUACCUUACAGGUGGAAAAAGUGAAUUGAGCGAAGAAGGUGACAGUUCCAGUCACCUGCUCUCUCCCAACCAAUCAUAUGAUGUUAAUGCACCACAGUCUGGGAUGUGGAACCUUCAGAGUUCUGGAUCUGAUCAGGUCUCAAGUGAAGAGUUGGAUGAAGGGAAUCAACUGACCCCAGAGAAGUUGGUUGGAACAGAGUCAUCCAUAAUGCAGGAGAACGUGGACAGAAGUUUUGCACCCAGUAGCAGUGAAGACCUCUCACCUUGCUGCAGGACUCCCACAGCUGCAUCGCCCUGGAGACACAGUCAUGAGGUAGAACUUGGGAAGGUCCAUACUGCUCAGGUUCGAGCUCUGCAAGAAAAGCACAGGAGACAACAGGAAGAAGUGUUCCAGGCAUUGGCAGCGCACUACCACCUUCCUCAGAGAUCCUCCUUCCCGUGCUCUACAUCAGGGGGGGACACAUUGCCAUUGUCUCAGCGUAUAUGUCAGCCCUCAAGUGAACACCUAGAGAGAUGGCGCCUCCUGCUGUUGGCUUCUGUCAAAGGCUAUCUAACACGCAGGCUGCUAAGGACCGAGCGAGUGACGCAGCUGGUGCGCACUGUUGGGGACACACAGCAAUUCCUGCAGGCUUUCCAGCAGCAGAUUGCCAAAGGUGAUAUGUGCAGCAAAGAGGACCGUCUAUUGCAGCAGAGAGUCUCUCUGCAGCUGAGAGUGGCACGUUACGAGCUUUACUACAUUUUCUUCAGCCUGUCUGUAGCGGAAAGGAUGCAGCUGAUUAGUCUGGACAGAGAGCUGGUGAGAGACCGAGUGUUCAGACGACAGACAGGACACACAGGAAUGAGUUCUCUAUCUGCUGCAACACAAAAGUCUCUCGAGAGGAAAAGAGGACUCUUGAUUCAAAAGAAGGUGUCAGAGCGAAACAGAGGAGUUGUGACCACAAACAAAACAACAUUUAGUGAAGGACAGCCGCCAGGACACAAGCGAGGACAGUUGAGAAAAAAGCUUCUGAGGAUCUCCUGACUGACAACUUAAACACUAAGUCAUUCUGCUGACAUCCUCCCACUAGGUAACAUCAUAUUCAAGCUUCUUUGUACAACUGCUCAACUUAUUUCUUCAUGUCUUGUUAACAUUUUUACAAUAUAACUAGCAGGGUGCAAACAAUCAAUAGCAUAAAACGGUUCAUUUAAUUGCAAAGGAAAUCAUUUAUUUGCUUGGAAGAGUGAACAUUGGUUACUUUGUUGAAUACAAAAUAUCGGAACACUUCCUGUAAAGAUCACAGCCUAUGACUAUUUAGUUAUCUACACAGUACACACACUCUCUCAGUAUUCUCAUUACCUUACUUUUACUUUUACAUAGUUCCCAAAGUUGCCUGAACUAACUGUUCUAUAUUGUUUGUUUCGAAUGUUCAUCUAUAGUCAAGUGUUAUUUAUAUUUGUAAUAUGAUAAUAAAAGUUUUUUACAAGUUGAAAA